AUCGUCGACGGGCCAACACUUUCUUAUACAGCACUUAUUAAUUCUACGAAUAUCUUACGAGAGCGCGAGUUUGAUCUGUCGACUCGAACCACCCAGCGUCAACUACACGCAAAACACACACCAGCACCGCCCGGUUCUUGCAUUGCCUCUGGCCAAGCGAAUUUCAUUUACAUCUUCGUCUCGUCGUGUCGUUGUCGCCGUCUUCUCCCCUACAGGCCGUUCCAACGUUAUACGCGCUCAAUCCGGCGAGGACGCCGACAGGUGCCGUCUGCGGCCUCUCGGGGCCGCUACGCUUGAUCUUCUCCUGGCCUCGCCCUGACCAGACCGUCGUCGCCGUCGCUGCGAUACCAUCCAUCCGACACAGACCUUUGCCGCUGUCGCGAUGGAUCCCUUCAAGGGCAACCCUUCCGAGUUCAGCAGGAAGCCAGUCCAGGGACGGCCUCCGAGGCAAUCUGUCGACGAAACCGAAGAUCAAUAUUCCUACGAUCUGGCCGCGGCCACCGUUGCUGACGGCUUCCGACCAUCGGAUUCACCACUGACCGAUGCUUCAUCGUCCUCUUCGACCCCGAAUAAUCCCACCGUCGCCUCACCCGACUCCUCACAGGCUCGAUUGCUGACGCUCGAACCAUCCAACCAAGAGCCUUCGACCUCUGCUGCUUCCAAGCCCCCUCCUGCCCGCCCCUCGAGCGCAAUCAAACCACCACGACCUCACGACUCUCUCACGCUACGCAACGAUGGCUCAAACUCCCUGCAAACCGGCCCCUCAUUGUCGUCGUCCGCGGGCAUGCCUCAAAUACCACCCCAAGGCCCUUAUCAAGGUCCUACCAGCGCCUCACAUCCAUAUCAGAUGUAUCUGCAAAGGACAUUAAGCGACGCCACGGCCUCCGCAGACCAACCUGCAAGCCGCAAUUCGUACGACGGUCCCCGCGGUCCAGCUCAUCCAUAUGCGCUCUAUCCGCAGAACAUUGUUACCACGGGCGACGAAACCCCUCACCAGAUACCCGUCGGCUUUACGACAUCCGGUCAUGGCUACCAGAGACAGAUUGGACCGGACGGGGAAGAAGCAGGCGCCCUGGUUGGACCCCUAGGACACACUGAAGAGUUGCCCCCAUACACGAGAUAUCCCGAGCAUGGAAUGGUAUCGAAAACGCCGGCAGCAGUUGCAACAGCGGCAGUAGCGGAGGAUGGUAGGGCGGGGACUGAGAGUCCAACAACUGGGACGAUUGCCGGCGCUGGGGGGAUUGGAGUCGCGACACGGAAUCCCGAGUUUUCUUCCACCGAGGAAGACCUUCAGCCUUCACAGUCCAGGCCUUCUACCCACAGUCGGCAUGACAUCAACACUGCCGCGCAGAGCUCGGCAGAAAAGGGCGCGACGACCAAGUGGCAGCAAGUUGCAAAAAGGAAGCUCUGGGGCAUCGUGCCCUACUGGGCCAUUUGUAUGCUCUUUAUCGGCGUCCUUCUGAUUGGCAUCAUAUUGGGUGCCGUCAUAGGGAGUGUUUUGUCGCGGCAUAAAUCACGCCCGUCUGGGUAUGCAACCUCCCCCUCCCUCCUUUACUCACUAUUCUAUCCCAAUGCGAAUGGCCAUCUCGCUGACAUUUCCAACAGCCCACCGCCUGGGAAUUACCCGAGCCCUACUCCAACGCCAGCGCCAGACGUGGUUCCUCUAGCCAGCGUCCCUAUCGCUCUGCCUCGGCUUCCUGUUGGCAACUAUGCGAUGCCGCCACUGACCACCAACCAGUCGCCCAACGCGUGCCUUAGCGACCACACCCAGCUUGCUGCUUGGAGCUGCAACUUACCUUCCAGCUACUAUCAAGUCAAUGUCGACGUGUCUUCUACGCAGAAGGACACGUCGUGCUAUAACCUCAGUCUCAAGGCCAUCAACUCUGUGGAUGCCGAGUUUCUCUGGGGAACGCAACCUCCAAAUGUCUAUAGCAAGGCCAUGAUACUUGUCAACGACACCCAAGAACCCCGCCGUGGCCCCGCGUGGUGGCUACAGGUCACAUACGACAAGGUCGUCGUUGUCGAAGAGGAUGACUUUCCGGCAAAGGUCAAGCGCUGGAGCGAUUUGGACCGCGCAACAAUCGCCGACAGCGACCUGAUACGGACCAAGAGCAGCACCAGCCUCGGAGCCAAGGACGGCGACAAGCCCUGGAUAUGCACAUGGCCAGACACCACGCUCGAGGUGUUCAUCUACCCCAUCCAGAACAGCACCAGCCCACAGCCCUCACCGACCACGACAACAAGCUCUGCGCCCAACCCAUACCCCACCGACGGCUUCCACCCUUAUCCGAAGUCAAUGAAGUUCGUUGAGCGCCGGGUCGUCGAGGACGCUCCCAAGGCAUACUGCCGCCAGGUCCAGGUCUACAACCAGGGACGUAGCAUGAAGAAUUUGACAGACAGCCUGGGCAAUCCCAUCGUGGUCGACAUUGAGGAGGACCUUGAUCCUGAUUCGGACUCGCAAAAGGCGGCCUAUCCAGUGAAGCGGGACCGACGCUCGGUUCGCAGGCGCUGGAGCGAGUAUGGGGUCACCCAACAGGCUAUUGAACUGACGCCCUGCGGCUGCGUGUGGUGGUCUUCCGCCGCAGCCCAUCCUUAG